AUGGUGAGGGAUUUCUUUUGGGACGAUGAAUUUAGAUUAAAAUGGGACGAUAUGCUGAUACAUGCCGAGACCUUGAAGGAGUGCUCCACGACUGGAACAAUGAUUCCACUUCCAAUGAUUCCACGAUGUGACUCCAUACAUGCGGACGAAGUUGCCGUCAUCUAUGGAGCCAGAGUUAGCAGGCAGCUACGGAACCGCGUUGAUGAUUUCCCACCGGUCCAUUGGGCAAGAUACAAGCCAUCGGUAUCCUACCUUGUUGAGAAGUUGUACUGGUUCUACAUUCGUCAUGAGAUUAAUUUCUCAAUGCAUGUUUUGUAUCUUGAUGCGAACAGUAUCACGGGUGUGCCGAACUCUUCUGUUCCACGUCGUAACAAACCAAGACGCGUUGAUUUGUACUACUCAAGCUGGUUCAUUCGCACAGCCGAGUCAAAGAGAGACGGUCGACCGACCGCAUGCCAAGUCAUACUCUUCCAUCACGAAGACAUGGGCAUCCCUCGGGAGAUUGCCAAGCUCGGUAUCCGCCAAGGCAUGUGGGGCGCCGUCAAGAAGAUCGAUCUGGGCCUUCGGACCUACCACAAGCAUCGGACCUACCACAAGAUCGAUCUGGGCCUUCGAAUCUACUCACCAUCUCUUUCUUUGAUUUCAACUAUAAAAAAAUUCAAUAUAUUUAUAAUAAUUAAUUUAUGA